CAUAAUAUUAGUUUUAUCGAGCAGUUUACAACUGGACAUUUAAUUGGAGGACGUCAAAGGAAACGGUUGUACUACGAACAUGUGCUGCCAAAUUAGCUUCGUGGUCUGCGUUUUAGCCUAUUUCGUGUACAGUGCAACAGUGCCUUUCGAAAAAAUUGGUGAAGUUCAGGCAAUACAAGCACCAUUCUUCGAGCUCCCGUGUAUGAGAAUUGGAGGUACUUGUGCCAAAGCGUUCGCAUGUCCAACAGGGACUAGAGUUGGACGAAAAGGACUUUGUCCAGACCAACAGGAAUUAGGCAUAGAAUGCUGUAGACCCAAUAGGGUGGCCCGACCUCUGGAUCAAACACAACAAGAGCGCAAAAGUGAACGAAAGCCUGCGAACCCGGGAAAAACGGAGGGCGAAAAUAAAUGCAUUACGAGAAAUGGUGUGUGUAUACCAACUAUUGGCGAAUGUCCUCCAUCAAUGCAGAUAGAAGGAACUUCAGACUGUAGACCAGAAGAAAUAUGCUGUAUUUAUAACCAAUAAUACUUUUAAUUAUUUUUAAGUCA